AUGGCUGCCCUCCGGCUUCGGCCGCCGGGGUCCAGUUGCGAGACCGUCGUCGCUACGCGCAUGCGCGUCAGAAACAACUGUUGCCGUGGUGACGCACGCAAAACAUUCACAAGCUCGCGCGCUCGGCAGUGUUCAAGUAGCCUCAAGCUUGACUCGGACUCAGCGGCGACCAUGACAGCGGGGGCGGUGGCGGCGCCGCGCAUCAUUGCCAUCACGCGAGGGAACAAAGCCACGUCAAAGAACCACAUUGACACCGACACGCUUGUUUGCAUUCAGUCAGACACGGGCCAGGCGCGUCUUCUCUACACGCUGGACGGCUCCAAGCCGGCGCGCGAGGCGCCUUCGGGCUCGGGAAGCGGCGGGCGCCGCUACCUUUCGCCGUUCCUGCUGCCCGGCGGCCGAGUGUGCGUCCGAGCCGUGGCCGCCACCAGCGAUGGCCGCGAGAGCGCCACCGUCACCAAAGUCUUCAUCGUCCGGGAGGCGGAACCUUCGCAACAGGAGGCGAUUCCGGCGGGCCGAGGCUUGCGCCCUGAAGUCGCGACCUCGCGCCAGCCUCAAGGGUCAAAGGUGACGGGCGACGCCCGGUCCCUUCCUCGUGCGGCUCCGCCCGACCGUGUUUCCGCGCGCUCCGGUUGGGAGGACACCGGACCCCCCGGCGGCGCGCUGAACACCUGCACUCACUUCCCCAGGUGUCCAAUUUUCUGUCUGACGUGCGGCACUUUGGCGAAGGCCCCCGCUGACGGAGGACAGCCGCCGCGUUGCGUGUGGUGCCACGCCCAAGUUCCGGUCAACGCUCGCGCGUGUUCCAGAGGCCACGCCCCCGGACAGCAGAAGCUCCGCCGCGGCCUACAGGCUCACGUUUCGUGCGCGUGUUGCGGACGAGGAACCCCGGCCGAGCUGUCGCGCUGUUUGACGUGCGACGCCCGCCUGCGCAUGGAAGGACGCCGCCCGCACACGGCGUCGGAGGUGGAGAGCGCCCCCUGUGUGCAGGACUCGCGCGAGGCGAACCCGUCCUGCUCCACGUGUGGACGCGUCAACCGGAGCGACGCCCGCUACUGCGACUGGUGCGGCACAGAGGCGAGGCGGACCUCGGGAACGCGUCGGCCGUCGGGGACCGGCAGACCGCGGGCGCCGCGCGCCGCCGUCAGCCCGGGAAGAGGUUACUGGAGGAUGCAAGUGGAUCACGUGUGCGCUCACCUGAGGAGUUUUGCCCAGAACGACGCCCCCUUCAGGACUCUGUUGGGAGAGCCUCGCCUCGGCCGGAUUACUUCGGCCGUGCUUCGGGAAGACGGCCGAGAGGUCAGCCUGACCCUCGGCUUCGCGGCGGCCGAGGACGUCGGGCGCAAAGCCGGAGAGAAAGCGAAGGUUUCCGUCUCUCCGUCCUCGUCCUCCAGGGAGCGGACCCGAACCGCCGGCGCCGCGGCCAUCGACGCCAUCGACGGGCAUUGCGCCGUCCCGCCACUUUUACUGCAGCGCGGCGCAGACAUCGACCGGCAAUCCGGCCCGUAAGAUGGCGCCGUCGCGCUUUGUCCGGCAUUUGAUGAAAUUGACGGGGAACCGUUUUGGAAACGUGAUUGUAACGAAACGGAAGCGCAA